AUGCAGCAGCCCACCCUCCAGAACAUCCGCAUUCGCUCCACCCACGACGCCCACAAGAUAUUCUACGCCGUAGCGCGCCGCGUCCUCCCCAUGACCACCCGCCGCCUCGACGCGGAGGAACGCCGAGCAAUCUGCUCGGGGAACGUCUACAUCUGGGAGGAACGCUGCGCAAACUCAGAAGCCACCGGCAUGGGCAUGGAACGAUGGACCGACGGCAUGGGCUGGGGCCCCAGCCGGGUUCGCGAUGAAUUCCUCUUCUAUCACCAGCGCGAGAACGAGGCCAACGACGACCCCUCCCACCCGUCCGCCGGGUGGGCAAACAUCAUGAGGAAACGGGACACGCGCCCGGGCGGCCACCCAUACUCGCGUACAGACACCGAGCGCCUCAUCAAGCAGACCUACAGCGUGCACGUCUACCUGCCCGAAGACCGCCCGCGCAAUGCCACCCGUAAAUGGCACCUGACGGCGUACUUCAGCCAGACGACGCUCGACAGCCUCAGCACCAUCGACGAGAUCCUCGGCGUCGGCGACGUCAUGGUCCCCGACGGCUGGUUCAAGAGCGCGCGCGCAAGCAAGGCGAAGCGCGCCGAGACCUCCUCCGGCGACGAGCUCGCGCCACCUCCCCGCGCCAGGGCCUCGCCCAGUUCUCCGUCGACGCCAUCCCGCACGACCCGCGCGCCCUCGCCCCCGCGCCGGCACGGCCUGGGCCCGCGCGGGCCGCGCGACCUCGUCCCGCUCGACGUGCUGCAGGGCCUCGCGCGCCCCGUGCGCAACCCCGUCGACGAGCAGUUCCUGCGGCGCUUCGCGUCCUCGGGCGUC